CUCUCUGUGUAUCUGCCUCAGGGACGAGGUGUGGGCUGGAGCCAUGCCCUCCUACUCGGUGACGGUGGCGACGGGCAGCCAGUGGUUCGCGGGCACGGACGACUACAUCUACCUGAGCCUGGUGGGCUCUGCCCGGACCAGCGAGCGGCACCUGCUCGACAAGCCCUUCUACAACGACUUCGAGCGCAGCGCCAUUGAUACCUAUGAUGUGUCAGUGGCAGAAGAACUAGGGGACAUCCAGUUGAUAAAAAUUGAGAAACGGAAGUACUGGUUUCCUGAUGACUGGUAUCUUAAGUAUAUCACUGUGAAAACGCCGAAUGGUGACUACCUGGAGUUCCCAUGUUAUAGAUGGAUUACAGAUGAAAAAGAAGUGGUGCUCCGGGAUGGACAAGCUAAGCUUUUUGGAGAUGACAAGACUCAUAUUCUUAAAAACCACAGACGCAAAGAACUGGAAGAACGCCAGAAAUUGUAUCGGUGGGCAGAAUGGCACCCGGGUUUUCCACUAAACAUAGAUGCCAAAUCUCACAAGGAGUUGCCUCGCAACAUUCAAUUUGACAGUGAAAAAGGAGUGGACUUUAUUUUGAAUUACACCAAGGCAAUGGAAAAUCUCUGUGUUAAUCGUUUCAUGCAUAUGUUCCAAUCUUCCUGGAGCGAUUUUGCAGAUUUUGAGAAGAUCUUUGUCAGAAUAAGCAAUACAAUUUCUGAGUAUGUGAUGCAGCAUUGGCAAGAAGAUUUCAUGUUUGGAUACCAGUUCCUAAAUGGAUGCAACCCUGUAUUGAUCAGAAAGUGUUCAGAAUUACCAAAGAAAUUCCCAGUGACUACGGAAAUGGUAGAAUGCAGUUUGGAGAGAAAUCUUACUCUGGAAGAGGAAAUGAAGCAGGGGAACAUUUUCAUAGUAGAUUAUGAACUUCUGGAUGGUGUUGAAGUCAACAAGACAGAUCCCUGCACAGUGCAGUAUUUAGCUGCUCCCAUCUGCUUACUAUAUAGGAAUUUGGAGAAGAAGAUUGUUCCUAUUGCAAUUCAGAUCAACCAAGAGCCAAAUCCAGAGAAUCCUAUUUUCCUCCCAUCUGAUGCCAAGUAUGACUGGUUAUUGGCAAAGAUCUGGGUUCGAUCUUCUGAUUUUCACAUCCAUCAGACAGUCACUCAUCUCCUCAGGACUCACUUAGUUUCAGAAGUGUUUGCUGUGGCCGUGUUUCGACAGCUGCCUGCGGUCCAUCCUCUUUUUAAGCUCCUCAUACCCCAUGUGCGAUUUACAAUAGCUAUCAACACCAAAGCCCGCGAGCAGCUUAUUUGUGAAUAUGGCCUUUUUGAUAAGGCAAAUGCCACUGGAGGAGGCGGUCAUGUUGAAAUGGUUCAGCGAGCAAUGAAUUACCUCACCUACAGCUCCCUCUGCUUUCCCGAAGAAAUCAAGGCACGACAAAUGGAAAGUUAUGAAGACAUUCCAUACUACUACUAUCGAGAUGAUGGUAUCAAAGUGUGGGAUGCAAUAAAGAGCUUUGUGACAGAUGUUGUCGACAUCUAUUAUAAGACUGAUGAGAUGGUGUGUGAAGAUGUGGAGCUCCAGGCCUUUGUGAAGGACAUUUAUGUCUAUGGGAUGAGAGGCAAUAAGUCUUCAGGAUUUCCUAAGACGAUCAAGACACGUGAGAAGCUGUCAGAGUAUCUUACAGUAGUGGUAUUCACAACAUCAGCACAACAUGCAGCUGUAAAUUUUGGUCAGUAUGACUGGUGUUCCUGGAUCCCCAAUGCCCCUCCAACGAUGCGCUGCCCACCACCUACAGAAAAGGGGAGUGCUACCAUAGAAUAUAUCAUUGCAAGUUUACCAGACCGGGGUCGCUCUUGCUGGCAUCUUGGUGCUGUCUGGGCCUUGAGUCAAUUUCAGGAAAAUGAAGUGUUUCUGGGAAUGUAUCCAGAUGAGCACUUUAUAGAGAAGCCAGUGAAAGAAGCCAUGAAGAAAUUCCGGAAGAAUCUUGAUGACAUUACCAGCGACAUCUCUGAGCGGAACAGGAACAAAAAACUCCCCUACUACUACCUUUCCCCAGAUCAGAUUCCUAAUAGCGUGGCAGUCUGAUGUUAAGACCUGCAAAGACAGAAAGUGGCAGUGAGCUGGCAUAAUGUUCUAUAUAUGACAAAUUAUAUAUGACAGAUUAGCUGGAUUUAGAGCAACUUGGAGCUUAAUCUGUAUCGAGUCCUAUUACAGCCUUAGUUUUUAUUACUUAUGCAUCUGCUGAUAUAAGUACUUCCUUCUGCAUUAUUCAAUGAAAACGGUGUAGAACGAAGACAGGAUCAGCUGUGGCCUUCCAGAUGUUUCUGGACUUCAACUUCCAUAAUCCCUCCUUAGUUGCUGAAAUUGCUAGGGCUGAUGGGAGCUGCAAGCCAACAAUAGUUACAGGGCCAACAUUUUGGGCUCUUCUUAAUUUCUUUGUACCUUAAAAUAUGUUUUGUAACUAGGGAGAGUCUUUCCUGAAUGGCCUUUUCUUACAUACUUCUGUUGGAAGGAUAUUUAAAACAGAAAGAAAGAGAAAUUCAAUACUCUCUCCGAUUGUUUGUGAUUAUGAUUGUUACAGGGAAUGUGUGCAAGCUUCCAGCACACUUUAAAAUUACCCAGAAGAUAUUUGGAAGCCACAGAAAGGACACUGAACAAUGUUUUUGUAAAAGGAGAAGUGGCAAAGUUUGACAAGUUUGCUUCCUCCCCAAGCUUUUCCUUCUCUCUUCCGCCAGACAUUAAAAAUAGACUAAUGGGCAGGAUAUAGAUGAGCCAUAUUUUGACUAAAACGUGUAGAAAGGGCUUCAAACUGUGAUGCUCCCUUAGAUUAAGAUUUUUAAACCCUUAGACACUCAGACAUUCAGUGUAGCUUCAGCAAGCAGGUGCAAUUACACUAGGGU